GUUAUUUCCAUUCAAAAAAGCCUUUAGAGAACAGUUGCGAGCUUGUUUAAUGGACCGAGAAGUGGCAUUGCUUGCAGAAAUGGACAAAGUAAAGGCUGAAGCAAUGGAAAUUUUGCUUGGCCGACAAAAGAAAGCUGAACUUCUAAAGAAGAUGACUGAUGUAGCUGUUCGAAUGUCAGAGGAGCAAUUGAUUGAGCUCAGAGCUGAUAUAAAGCAUUUUGUUAGUGAACGUAAAUAUGAUGAGGAUCUGGGACGAGUAGCACGGUUUACCUGUGAUGUAGAAACCCUAAAGAAGAGCAUUGAUUCAUUUGGACAAGUGUCACAUCCAAAGAACAGCUAUUCAACAAGAUCCCGGUGUAGUUCUGUUACAUCUGCAUCUUUGAGCAACCCAAGUGAUGCUUCUGCUGCUUCCUCUUCCACCUGUGCCUCUGCUCCCAGCCUUACAAGUACUAAUAAGAAAAUCUCUGCACCCGGAGAGACUCCUGCAGCCAUAACCCACUCCAGUGGCCGGCCUUCCCAGCCUCCUCGGGAGGUAUUUCCGGGGAACAGACGAGGAGGACAAGGCUAUAGACCACAAGGCCAAAAGUCCAGUGAAACCACAAGCCAAGGGAGACAUGACGGUGUAGGUCGUUACAGAAAUAGCUCAUGGUAUUCAUCUGCUCCCAAGUACCAGAAUGCUCCAGCCCAGGCACCAGGAAGCACUGAAUGGGGUCAGGUUCAUGCUUCAGGGACCAAUGGAACUGGAGCCAGCGUGGAGCCCAGCCCGCCCAAACCCUCUUUCAAAAAGGGGCUCCCCCAGCGCAAACCCAGGACCUCUCAGGCUGAAGCUGUGAACUCUUAAGGGAGAUCUUAGCUGACUUCUCAUCUCUCUUCCUCAUAACUCAACUUGAUAACUGGACUUUAGGAAACAUUCUUAGAUUUAAUAACAAAAUGAAGUUUAUGCAUAUCACUUUUUGUGCCAUUCUAAAUAUUUUUUAGUCUUUUCUCAUCAUUUCUUCUUUACCCUUUUUGGAAGGGAAACUUUUUUUUCUUUACUUUUCUCAGUGAUAUGGAUUCUGAUUGACGAUUUCCACUAGGAACAGAGUCAACAGUUGCCAGGUUCC